CAAAAUCUCCCACUACUGUUAAAGAAAUUAAAAACUUGAAUCUUCAACAUCCAACAUAUUGGAGUCGAAGUCCAAAUACUUGGGGUAGUUUAAGUGACUGGGAUAUUUAUUUUGUUGAUCAGAUACCUGGAUGCAGUAAAGAAGAAGCACAUCGAUCCCUGAGUAUUGAACUUAACACUCUCCUUAGCAAGCUGCCAAAAUCGAGUCGUCGUUUUACCAAAGCAAAUGCCUUGAAAAGGGCCUUGGAGUGGGAAGUGUAUUAUAGUCUGGACUUUUUAGGUCCCAUUAUAUUAUGCGUUGGUCGUGCUGAAGAACGGAUAUUGGAUAACAAGCUAGAAAAACGUAAAAAAAAAUCAAAGGUUGAAGAAGAGGUAAUUCCAAUGAUUUUAAUGAUCGAAAUGAAUGAAAAAAGACAACGUUUAACUAGUCAAAAAUCAGCAUCAUUUAUGAAUUUAAUAACAGAUUUUGAGUAUUAUCGAAUAGAUGAUAAAUCAAAUACUCAAGAGAAUCUUGAAAACAGUGAGAAGAAUGAAGAAGACAUUCAAGAUAAUGAGCAGACACCUUCAGUAGCUUCAAGUACCGCCAAAACAGAUGUGGAAUCAAAUCAAAAAUCAUUAAAAGAUCUGCUGUGCAGUAAUCUUCAAUGCUCGGAAAAUAUGAAAUCUAUCUGCCAACACCAUGAUACACUAUAUCCCGAUGAAAAUUCAAUAGACUUACGGCCUAAUUCAAACUAUUUCAAGAAACUUCCUUUCAAACUUCUGGAACUAUAUCUUAAAGAUCUUGACAACAAAAUUGAGAAUUUAAUUCCACCUAAUAUUCACAAAGUCCUGAUAGAGUUUUUUCAGCAAGAUUUGACCGGCGAGGAAUGGCACAUCAAGAUUGAUGAUCUAUGUUGUUUGGAUCAAAGUGAUUGGUUAAUGGUAUCCGUUAUACGGAUUUUGCGCAGAACAUUACCUCCAUUCAUCAUGGCGUUUUCUAUGGGAGCUCGAAAUCCACUACUUAACUUAGCUACAUUAGAAAAACCACACUUGAACUCUUUUGUCCACCCAUGUCUACAGGCGUCGCUUUGGUAUAUUUCAGCAAUAUGCUAUGAAUUCGGAGAAAUUGGAUCAAAAAAUCAUAUAAAACGUGAAUGUGCUGACGGCGUUGGGUAUCUAAAAGCAGCUGAUAAAUUUCAGCUAGUUUAUAUGGAAGGAUCGAAACCAAACGCUAAUGGUGACAAAGAAAUUUUGGAUGCCUCAAAAAUAUCCUAUAACCUUCAAAACAUUUUUAUAAAAAUAGUAAAAGAUAACAUAAAAUGUAGACGAAGAUUUCCCAAAACGCUUGCUGUUUUUGGUGGGCAAAGUUUCCGCCUUAGGAUUCACCUACAAUUUUUAAACUAUUGUGGUAAGCCAUGUAUGUUUGAUUUAUAUUAUUAUAACACUUUAUUGACUAAUGAUGUUCUAACCUUAGAAGGAAAGUUCUUUCUGAAUGAAGUGGAUAAUGCGAAUCUCCCACGUGACUUCACUGAAAUGGCGGACUUUGUGUUCUUUUAUGAAUGUAUGAUAAAGUGGGCCUUGCUGGCUCGGGAAGUAAAGGAAGGUUUCGAAGAAUCAAGGUCUCAACAAAGGCCUUCGAGACUCUCAUACAUUAAUAGCCUGAAUGUAGCGAAUACGAUAUAA